AUGACAGAAACGAGCAAGGGGGGACAUCACAAAGAAGCCGAGAAAGAGGUCGUGGUUACAAUAACCGAAGUUUUGGUUUUCGAGGAAGAGACGGAAGAGGUCCAGCUAGAGGAGGAAGAAGUCAACCACACUUUGCUCCAAGAUGAAGAGCAAGAGGUAGAGGAGGUGGUCACAACAACUGACCAGGAUUUGAAAAAAACAAUGUUCAGUGCUACCAUUGCCACAAGUUCGGGCAUUACAAUGAUGAAUGCUGAAGUAGAGCAACAACAGAAGCUGGAGAGCAAGCAAAUUUUGCCGAUGAAAGGAAGAGGUAAUUUUCUGAUCAAGCUCAAGAAUGGAGAUCAUGAUUACAUCUCUAAUGUUUAUUAUGUUCUUGCCAUGAAGAACAACAUUUUGAGUAUGGGACAACUCCUAGAGAAAGGAUACGACAUCAACAUGAAAGAUUGUUAUCUUACCAUCAAAGACAAUCAUGGUAAUUUGAUCGCUCUGGUGAGAAUGUCCAAGAAUCGGAUGUUUGCAUUAAACAUCCAACAUGAUGCUGUGAAGUGUUUAAGUGCCAUCAUCAAAGACAAAGACUGGCCAUGGCAUUUGAGAUUUGGAUAUCUCAACUUUGGAAGCUUGAAGCUGUUGUCAAGAAAGAAUAUGGCGAAAGGGCUCCCUCAUAUUGCUCAUACUAAUGAGGUCUGUGAAAGCUGCAUUCUUGGCAAGCAUCGCAGAACUAGCUUUGCCAAAGAAGUGAAGUAG